AAGGCCCAGGCCGUCAUCCCAGCAACAGCCUCAGUCAUGUGACCGGCAAUGGCGGCGCUGACGAGAGUCCUGAUCAGCUGAAUGUGGAAAUAGAGGGAUUUCUGCUGCUAUCAUUGUCCAUGGGCUUUCAAGGUCACACCACCUACAAGUAGGGAGCAGGGACACAGAGAGAGCCUGCAUGCCAUUUCUAAGCUCUUCAGGAUCAAAUGUCGUUCGUCCUGUCCAGAAUGGCAGCCUGUGGAGGCACCUGCAAGACCAAAGUGACUGUCUCCAAGCCUGUGUGGGACUUCUUGAGCAAAGAGACCCCAGCCCGGCUGGCCCGGCUUCGGGAGGAGCAUCGUGUGUCCAUCCUCAUAGAUGGCGAGACUUCUGACAUCUAUGUUCUCCAGCUUUCCCCACAGGGCCCUCCCCCAGCCCCUCCCAAUGGGCUCUACCUGGCCCGGAAGGCUCUUAAGGGGCUGCUAAAAGAGGCAGAGAAAGAGCUGAAGAAAGCUCAGAGGCAGGGGGAGCUUAUGGGCUGCCUGGCUUUGGGGGUUGGGGGGGAACACCCUGAGCUGCACCGCCCAGGCCCACCCCCUCUCAGAGCAGCCCCACUCCUGCCCCCAGGAGCACGGGGGCUUCCCCCACCUCCUCCUCCCCUCCCCCCUCCUCCUCCUCCCCGCCUUCGAGAGGAGACAGAAGAGCAGGAGAGUACCUGCCCCAUCUGUCUGGGGGAGAUCCAGAAUGCCAAGACAUUGGAGAAGUGUCGGCACUCAUUCUGUGAAGGCUGCAUCACCCGGGCCCUGCAGGUGAAAAAGGCCUGCCCCAUGUGUGGCCGUUUCUAUGGGCAGCUGGUAGGCAACCAGCCCCAGAAUGGGCGGAUGCUGGUCUCCAAGGACGCCACACUCCUACUGCCCAGUUAUGAGAAGUACGGCACCAUCGUCAUCCAGUAUGUCUUCCCGCCCGGUGUCCAGGGGGCUGAGCACCCAAACCCAGGAGUUCGGUAUCCUGGCACCACACGGGUGGCCUACCUCCCGGAUUGCCCUGAGGGCAACAAGGUGCUGACCCUGUUCCGAAAGGCGUUUGACCAGCGUCUCACCUUCACUAUUGGCACGUCCAUGACCACAGGGAGACCAAAUGUCAUCACCUGGAACGACAUCCACCACAAGACCAGCUGCACAGGGGGACCCCAGCUGUUUGGGUACCCGGACCCCACUUACCUGACCCGGGUGCAAGAAGAGCUGAGAGCCAAGGGUAUCACAGAUGAUUGAAGGACAUCCCCUUUGCGAAGGCCCCUGCCUUUGUCCUCUACUAGGACCCAGCAGAAGCCUCUGUUCUCCUUUCUCCCUCUGCCCCUCCACCCCCAUACAACACAGUAGGGGACCUGCCUGACUGGGGAAGGAGUUCAGAGAGGGAGGGGGCAAUUCCUUUCUCUGUCCCCCAUAGGCCAAGUGCUUCAGUGCAGUGUGAGCUGCUUCCUUCUGGCAGAGGCUGUUUCUCAGGCUCUGCUACCCUCCUCUGGUGUACAUACUCCCAGUCUUCCUGCCCCCUCCAUUGCCCUUGGCUUCGUCUGGUAUGUGCAGUGCUCCAGUGACUAAGCUGAGAAAGGACCUGGGUGGGGAGGAGAGGGGUCUUGAAUCCCCACUCCUGUCCCAUACUGUCCCACCGCUGAACUCUGGUGCAGGGGAGAGGGAAUCUAGCUGGUAUGAGCACCCCAUGGAGCCGGCCCUGUUGGUUCUUCAGAACCAAUUCCCCAUCUACCUUAACCUUGUCCUUUCCUGUGUCUCUGUGUCUGUUAGUCUGUCUUUCUCCUGCUCUUCUCUGCCCCCUAUAAGGAGCCUCCGUACCCUGUUCUGGAACCGCUGCCAAACUGUAGCUUUUAAUUUAAUAAAAAUAAAGUAAAAUAUGCAACUCUA